AUGUUACGUCGAAAAUUACUGGUUUUUGGCCCAAUUAUUUUUUUAAUUGGUUUCCUCAUAAACGUGUUGCUCCAUAUCAAAUUAUUGCAACCAACAGACCAUCAAAAAAAAGAAAUACAUGUAUCGAUAAGACAAGCUUAUGAAACAUAUUUAAAACUUACGUGUUCUCAUAUGUUGAAUCAUUCAGAUAUAUUAAAUAAUAAUAAUAUACCGAUACACAUUAAGAUACCUAGCACGGUAUCUCGACUUAGUGGCCUUUACAAGAACUAUUCAUAUACAAACUGGAAAACGCAUGCAGCAGUGAAUCGUGUAUUAACUCCCUGUCAACAUAUGAUUGGAAUGAAUGUUGUUCGAGCCUUUUCUGCAUUUUGCGAGCGUUAUAACAUUACAUACUGGAUGAUUGGUGGGUCUUUGGUUGGGUCGGUGCGUCACUGGGAUAUCAUUCCAUGGGAUAAAGAUUUGGACUUUUUUGUACCUGAAAGAGACAAAGAACUUCUUGAACGUCAAUUUCCGAGAGAGCAACACAAAGUGCCUAUGUAUAUGCGACCGGGUAGUUUAAAACAUGGACCAACAAAGAUUUUUCCUGAAUCAGAAUCAAAAGUGAGCUGGCCUGAUAAAUUUUAUCCGUUUAUUGAUAUAUUUUACUAUUACGAGAAUGAAACUCAUCUUUGGAAUCAUUCGCUUUGUUGUCAUCAUCAUAUUAGAAAAUCUGCUGUAUUUCCAUUAAGUAUUCGACCACUUGACUCGCUUUGGCUUCCUGCUCCGCGAAGUCCAUUCGGCUAUUUUGAAGAGUUGGAUCCACCUUUGUUUCCUCGUGUGGAAAGUGAAUGUUAUGUCAGAGGUUAUGCACCAUAUACGACGAAUAUGAUGUUUGAACAACCAAUGGUAGUGAUAUGCAAAACUCUUUCUCGAGUAUAUCCAUUUGUAGAGAGAAAAAAGAAAAAUAUAGAAAGUCUUAUACUUGGCGAAAAAGUUUUACAAACGAUGGCAACUUGA